AUGCAAGGCUAUGCCAAUUCUCUCACCUUUGAUUCAGAAAUGUUUGUUGAAGAAGUAGAAGAUAUUGGUGAUUUCUUUGAGGAUUUAAUUCCUGAUGAAGAGGAAGAAAAUUAUUCGGAUUUAUUACGACGUAUUAAUCACACCGCCCGCCGUGCUGGUUCGGAUUCUAAUUCACCUCCAUACAUAAGAUUAGGAUGGAUGGAUGAACUUAGUGGUGAUGGAGAACUUGCCUCUUCACCAUUGCUUAGAAAUUUAUCAUACAAAAGUUCAAAGUCACCAAAUAAUCCAACAAGUAAAAAAUGA